CCCCCCUUGAUCUCCUCCAUUAUCUCUUGCUCGGAUAGAACCAUAUCAACACCCAUUUUCCUGCGCAACAAUGUCCCGCCCUCUCCCGGGGGUGGCCAGUCUUUCCCGCCGUGCUCAAGAGUGCACCAAACCCCCGCAAACUCCGCUGUGGCAUAUCUACACCGAUCAGUGGCAUCCCUCCGCCGACCCGGGGGGGUAUGUCAACGUCGGCGUGGCGGAGAACACCCUCAUGCACGCUGAACUGGAAGCCUACAUCCAAACUAGCACUCACGUCCCGCAAGCGGCGUUCACCUACGGCGACGGGCCGCGGGGAUCCAAACGGCUUCGCAAGGCGGUGGCGCGAUUCCUCAACCGCCGCCUGCGUCCAGUGCUCCCGCUGGAGAUGGAGCACGUCGUUGUCACGAACGGCGUCUCGCAUUCGAUCGAGCAUACCUCGUGGGCCUUCUGCAAUCCGGGAGACGGCUUCCUGCUCGGCCGCCCACACUACCGCGCGUUCAUCCCGGACAUCUCGCUCCGGCCCGGCGUCGAGGUUCUCACGGUCUCGUUCGGCUCGAUAGAUCCUAUGAGCGCGGACGCCGUCGCCCGGUACGAAGACGCCAUUCUGGCGGCGCGAGACCGGGGCGUCCACGCAAGGGCGCUCAUGCUGUGCUCGCCGCAUAACCCACUCGGGAGAUGUUACUCCCGCGACGCCCUCGUCACCUACAUGCGCCUGUGCCAAAAGUACCAGAUCCACCUGGUCAGCGACGAGAUAUAUACCUUUUCGACCUGGACCAACCGCCACGAUUCAUCCCCUCCGCCCGUCGAGUUCAUCUCGGUCCUGUCGAUCCCCGCGGAAGGCCUCAUCGACCCUCUCCUCGUCCACGUCCUGUGGGGGAUGAGCAAAGACUUCGGCGCCAACGGCCUGCGCGUCGGAUACAUCAUCUCGCAGCACAACGAAGCCUUCCGCGAGGCCCUGCUCGAGGUCGCCAUCUAUUCCUACGCGUCGUCCGUCGCGGAGCACAUCGCGGCCAACAUGCUCGAGGACGAUGCGUGGGUGGACAACUAUAUCCAGACGAACCAGGACCGGCUGGCCGAGUCGUACGGCUUUGCCGUCGAGUUCCUCAACAGCCAUCACAUCCCCUACACCCCCGGCGCCAACGCGGCGUUUUUCCUCUGGGUGGAUCUCGGCAAGGCGUACCUGGAACGACACCCCGAACGACGGCCGAGUGCCAGUGCGGCGCAGCUUGACGACGGGGCGAGCGCCGAGAUCAUGCAGCUGCUCAUGCAGAACAAAGUGUUUUUGGGCAGCGGAGCGGUGUUUGGCGCAGAAACCCCGGGACUAUUUCGCCUGGUCUUCAGCCAUCCACGACCGUACAUAGAAGAAGCGCUGAAGAGGAUUGCAAAAGCGAUGGGAGGUCUCGAUGCCGAGUAAAGGCGAAAGAUUAGAGAAAUUCUUGAAAGAGAAUGUAGAGGUCAUAGCAUAGAGUCGUACACACAUCCGCUCAAAUCAAUGCCGUUUCUAGACCCA